CUCCAUAUUACUCCGCAUUUGAGAUUACCCGUAUAUCCUUUGCCUCGCCCAAUUCUGACUUGAGUGGAGAGUCCAGCGAGCAGAGGGGUUUGUGAGUCGUGUGUUGCUUGCUGCGCACAGGCGAAUUAGGAAGAAAGGACGGCUUGACGGCGACCGGCGACGGCGUAGCAUACAUUUGCGCCUUGCGGAGUCUGUGACGGUCGAUUGGGGGUGGCUGAACGUCUUCUUCUACAUUGAAUUUCAGAAAUCCGGCGGCUGGGCUACUCAGAUUGGGCCAAGGCCGGACGUCCUCUUCUUCUCCGAGGAGCUAAAGCAAAUCCGCAGUCAAGGCUCCAAGUCUCCGAACCAAUUAUCCAGUGAUAUUUUAGAAGCUGUUUCAGAAGAACUUUUUCCCUUGUUUCGGCUAACUCCAUGGCUGAAAUUGAUAAAAGCAUUGAUGUGCACGAACAUGAUGGAUUGCCAGAGUUGGCACCAGAGCCAGGGCUAGAGCAUGAGCCACAGAUGGAGCCCAAACAGGAACAGGAAGCAGAAGCAGAAGAAUCUUACCCCGAACAAAGGCCAGAAACGCAGGAUGCUUUGGCAACUGGAGGUGGAGAAAGGUGGUAUGGGUGGCCAGGAGAAAGUGUAUUCAGAAUGUUGGUUCCUGCCCAAAAGGUUGGUAGUAUCAUUGGACGGAAGGGAGAGUACAUAAAGAAGAUGUGUGAGGAGACCAAAGCUCGAAUUAAGAUUCUUGAUGGCCCUUCAGGAACUGCUGAGAGAGCUGUUAUGGUGUCUGCGAAGGAGGAGCCAGAUGUUUCUCUACCGCCAGCUGUAGAUGGUCUUCUCAGGGUUCAUAGACGUGUUGUGGAUGGGCUGGAGAGCGAUUCAUCACAUUCCCCACGUACUUUAAAUGCAAAGGUAUCAACAAAGCUGCUUGUCCCUGCUGCUCAGGCAGGUAGUUUAAUUGGAAAACAGGGAUCAACUGUCAAGUCCAUUCAGGAAGCUUCUAAUUGUAUUGUUAGAGUUCUUGGAUCAGAGGACCUUCCAGUGUUUGCUUUGCCAGAUGAUAGGGUUGUUGAAGUGGUUGGAGAGCCUACUGGCGUACAUACGGCAAUUGAAUUAAUAGCUUCGCACUUGAAGAAAUUUCUGGUUGACCGCAGCAUCAUUCCAGUCUUUGAACAGCAGAUGCAAAUGCUAAAACCUCCCAUGGAACAAUUUCCUCUCCAACCUUGGGGUCCUCCACCUCAAUCGUUUCAUCCUAAUGCUGUUGGAGGUCCUGGAUAUGGCUCUACCCCUCAUUUCAUGCCACCUCCCAGGCAACGAGAUAAUUAUUAUCCACCAGCUGACAUGCCUCCUCCAAUGGAAAGACCACCUCAUCAGGGUAUAUCUGCCUAUGGAAGAGAUACUCCAAAUCCUCCGAUGGCAAUCCAUGCACCAUCUAACAACCAGUCAGGAUCAUCUGUAGUUACUCAGAUCACUCAGCAAAUGCAAAUCCCACUGUCCUACGCUGACGCUGUCAUUGGGACAAAUGGUGCAAGUAUAAGUUACAUUCGGCGUGUCAGUGGUGCUACUGUUACCAUUCAGGAAGCAAGAGGAAUCCCCGGGGAGAUGACGGUUGAGAUAAAUGGAACUGCUUCUCAAGUUCAGACCGCACAACAGUUGAUUCAGAAUUUUAUGGCUGAUGCUGCAGCUGCUCCUCCUCCUCCUCCACAACCACAGACGCAAACAGCUCCGCCACCUGCCGACCAAGGCUACAAUGCUGUUUAUGCGCCCCCAGCGGGCUCCAUGUACCCGCCAGCCGCCGCCCCCCAAAACACAAGUAUUCCUGGGCAAACUGGGGGAUAUGGCUCUCUCUAUGGUGCCAAUUAUGGCUACUAAUCUCUUUUCUCUGACUAGAUAUUGAUAUCACCUUUUCCCAUUCUUUUCAGCUGUUUUUUCUUGGGUUUUUUUCUGGUUAAAAGUAUUUCCUCUAGAAGCUGGGCUCAUGUCCACCAUUAGUGUACUUUUUUUUUGAACACCACCAUUAGUGUACUUGUUAUGCCUAGGAACAUCAAAAUUGUUACCUAUAAUAGAUGUGUUGUACUAACGUCUUUGCCCUU